ACCGGCGGAUCUGACACGGGCAAUUACAAGCUGCGGGCUCUCGGCUGGUCCGAAUAUGUCCUCCCAGACAGUUCGACGUACUUCCACCAUGCCGCCAAGCGAGUGACGACGGACAUAGACCUGCGCAACCCCCGGUUCCUCACGCACGUCACGGAGCACAUUGAGAAGACUCUCCCUGUGCAGACUGUGCUUCCGCCUCCGAUCGACUGGGAGCUUUGGCUCAAAAGCGUGCCGCUCCGGAAGGAAGGUCGUGCGGAGCAGAGCUGGGUCAACCACAAGAUGCGGCUCAUCACGGCAGACCCACCGCCCACCGUGUCAAACGACGGAGUGGUCACAGAACGCUUUUCAGAGGAUGAUCGACUUGACAUGGAGUACCGCUACUGGGGCUUCCUCGAGGGCCACCCGGCGCACACCUCCAUCUCGCCCGACACCCAGACCGAGGCGAUGGACGCGCUCAAGUGGUCCUACACAGACUGCAUCCUCCCCUCCGCGCGUCCCGCGCCGCCCCCGUUCGCGCCGCAGGAGUGCCAAGAGCUGAUGAACCUCCUCCGCUCAUUCGAAUCCGGCUCGCGCAACGCGCUCGUCGUCCAGAACCGAGUCGUCGCCCGCGUCCUCCUCCGCAUCGCGCACUGGCGCCAGGCGCACUUCCGCCCUCACCGCGCGCUGCCUGCUGAUGCGCGCAAGGGCGUACCGCGCCCACGUACGCCCGUCCUUCGCGCGGUGCUCGACUUCGUCAUCGGCUGCAUCUGCUUCGGGAUCCCGUACCUGUUCCUCAGCAGGACGUUCCACCAAGGCUUUGACGAGGAGAGCGGGCUAUACAGCGCAGGCCCGAUGCUCAUGGUUAGCGCUUGCGCGUGCUUGGUGGCUGCGGUCAUCCUGAGCGCAUCGGUCACGUUCUUGUCUCUGCCUCAGCUGGACGAUAUUCCACGGCUUGCCGGGUUGCUCGCCAUCGCAUUCUCCGCGUCGAGUAUGGUGUCGGCUGUCAUCGCGCUGUUCCGAUACAAAGCGGAGCUCGAUCGGACCGUCACGUACCUCGGCGGAGAAGGCCUCAUGGUCCUCUCUAAACGAAGCCUCAUCUUCUCCAUGCCCCUCGUCUUCCUCGCCUGGGCCAUCGCGUCCUUCAUGACCGGCAUCACCCUCUACUCCUUCCGCGGCGUGACCGUGAGCACCGGCGUAGAGAUCCGCCGCCCCUUCGAUCCGUACACACACUGGGCUGUUGUCGGCACCCUCGGCGGCCUCGGCGGGAUGCUCACCAUCGCUGCGCUGGUCGCGCGGAGGUGA